GGAACGUGUUGUCUGAUUGUCGUGGUAACGCUGACAACAUGGCGACAAGUGAGGAGCUCGCUUUUCAAAACGCGAAAGCCUACCUUUUGAAAAACAGCACCGUUUCGAAUACAAACAUAUACGAUCAUCUCGCUCAACUCAUCAACAAACUGCUCGAUGAACGGCCAGAAGAUGCUGUUGAUGUUGUUGAGGACGUGUCACGUGACCUGAAGGGUCGCGCGUUCAAGCAAGAGGCUGAAAACAUUCAGGAGGUCGAGGCUCGUUCCGAAGCUGUGGCGCUUGCCGAGGCUCAGAGUAAACUGUUUGAGACGAAGGUGGAGGAAGAGACGGAAGCAGAUGAAGACAUGCAACCAGUUAUACCUGAUCUGGCGGAAACUGCUUUCUACUUUGAACAAACAUCAGUUGGUUUAUCACGAGAAGAAUUGUUUCGGAUCUUUCUUGCAAUGAAGCAGCUCACUCAAGAUCAGCCAGUGGAGACGGUACGAUUUUGGGGCAAGAUAUUUGGAACUCGUGCAAACUACAUUGUAGCCGAAGUCGAAUUCAAAGACGGAGAAGGAGACGAAGAAGACCAGCUAGAGAACGACGAAGGCGAUGGAGACAUAGAUGUACCACAGAGAGAGUCAAGUGAAGACCAAGAAGAUGACAUGGAGUCACCUGAUGAGCCUCCAAAAUCGCAAUACAAACCACCACCCGUCAUCCCACGUGAAGAAAACCGAAUGGGAACAAAUAAGAAAACGUACUUUGUGACAAACGAACCUGGGACUCCGUGGGUGCGGUUACCACCCGUCACACCACCACAGAUUGCGAUUGCACAGAAAAUCAGGAAGUUUCUCACUGGAAGACUGGAUGCUCCCAUUGUUAGUAAUCCUCCAUUUCCUGGGACUGAAACAAACUAUUUACGAGCUCAAAUACAGAGAAUUUCUGCUGCAACUCAAGUGAGUCCAAUGAACUAUUAUCAGUUUGAAGAAGAUGAAGAGGAAGAAGAAGAGGAAGCUCGAGAUUCAUUCAUCGUCAACACUGAAUUUGAAGGAAUGCCAUACAAAGAACUAGCAGAUCCGUCACUCAAUUAUUGGGUUCACCAUGUCCAAUACAUUUUGCCACAGGGUCGAUGUGUGUGGUACAAUCCAGUACAGAAAGCUGAGGAAGAGUUUGAAGAUGAAGAGGAGGAGGAGGAGCGUGAAGAGCCGGAUGAACCUGAACCAGAGAAAGGUCCUGCUCUCUUGACACCUCUCAGUGAAGACGCUCAAGUAGAUGGCCAGCCAUCAUGGUCAACAACUCUCUCCACAAGCUUUGCAACACCAUACACUGUAGUCGGUAUUCAUUCCAACCGAUGGCCGGGUGCUCAUGCAUUUGCAAUAGACAGAAAAUUUGAAAAUGUGUACGUUGGGUGGGGACUGAAGUAUCAACCAGGUUGUUUCCAGCCGGCUCUUCCUGGAGCCGGAGAACAGGAACAUGUGAAAACAGAGUUCAUCACCGAGACGGACGAUCCAACUCCAGAAGAAGAGGCAGCAUUACGAGCAGCACAGGAAGGAGCCGAAGAACAAGAACAGGAAGAGGAAGACGAGGAGGAGGACGACGACUGA